ACUGACGAUCCAGGAAGUUCUCAGUCUGAGAAGAUGACCAAGAAGGAUCUUGAAAACCAAUGGAGAUUGAAUCUGAGCUCAAUUCUGGAUGAACUAACCGAAGACGAUUUUGAGAGACUCUUUCUGCAUUUGGAUAAGAUCCCAGGGAAAAAGAAGGAUAUAAAAUUCAGAACGAAAAUGCCUGAAUUCAUCAUCCAGCGCUACGGACUGGACAUGUCAAUCAAUGUAAUCAGCAAGGCAAUGGAUGAUAUCCCUAGAAAGGACCGUAAGAUCCAGGACCUCAUUCAGCCCAUACUUGAGAAACUAGAAGCUCUAAACCAACAACAUACAAAAAACAAGCGGAGAUCCGCUGGAGCAGCAGGUGGAAAAAACGUGCAGAGUCCUGGCAGACCUUUGAAGCGGAAGAGGCAGCCGAACCCCCAGCCUGAGAUGGAUUCAGGCACUUCAAUGAAGGCCAAGAGAAAGAAGACCAAGCAGAAGGAGUCAUCUCUAAUUGGUUCCUCUGCAGCUCUGCGGAAGACAUCAACUCCUGGCCUGACAAAAACCAUCAGGGAUCUGAAGGCCGGUGGAGAUCUGGGUCAGAAGGUUCUGACUGUGAAGGUUGUGCACAAAUCCGACCUAUACAAAAAUCAAACCAGAACCAAGUUUUAUUUCCAUCUGGGAGUCGCUGAUGAGACGGACGCCAUCAAAGUUGUGGUGUUUAGAAGCGAGCGGUUUCCAGACAUUAAGAAGGACCACUUCUACACCAUCAGAUAUGCCGUCAUGGAUCAUAAGGAGAAAGUUUUGAAAAUUGCAGAAAGAACCAAGAUGUCAGAGACCGGCCCAUUCGAAGUUCCCAGAAAUGUGGAGCUGGAAGCUGGAAAACUUAUUUUCAGUCCAGUUUACAGCAUCAGAGACAUCCAGAGCCUGGGAGACAAGAAGGAAGUGAGUGUUGAAGGCACCGUGAAGGAGAUCGGAGUCAUUAAACCCAUCAAGAUGAAAGCAAAGCAGAUGAAGAGAGACAAGCAGGCCUUUGAGCUGGAGGACGGUACCGGGUCCAUCACAGUGGACCUGUGGGGUGAAGACACCAAACACCUGAGUGGGAUAUCAAAUGGAGACGUGGUUCUGGUCAACAACUUAAAGACAAACCUCUUUAACAACAGAGUUUCUUUAAACUCCACCAACUCCACCAGAAUCACCAAGUCCAAAGUGCUCUGGUCCAGAGUGUAAACAUCACGAUCCUGGGGAUCAGUAAGGUUGACCUGAUCAGUGCUGAGCUGGAGGUUCAGAUAAACGACCAGGUGAAGACGUUGGAGGUUUCCUGUCCCCUCCUGGCAGAAGGGCUCGGUCUCCGCCUGGAGGACGACUUCAGAGACAAACUACUGGAGAAAGUCCCGUUUCCAGCCGAAGCACAAAUACAAGGAAACAAGAUCAAGCAGCUUAAAGCUGCAGCCUGAACCUCCUCAGGUUCUGCUUCACAGCCACAUGUCUUCUGUUGGACUCUGUUGCUGCCAUCUAGAGGCAGGACAGAAACGCUUUCAGCUGGGAUUUUGCUUUAUUUGAUCUUGAUUAUGAAAAUUUGUCUUUGGCUUCAGUUUUAAACUAAAAAUCUGCUGGAACAAACAUCCUGGAGCUACUUUACUUCCUCCUGCUGCAUCGUCUUACAUUUGGAUCAUUUUCACAAUUUUCUAUGCAAGUCAACACUGUCGUCUUUGAUCUUAUUGACCUUUGACCCUUUUCUGUGAUUUAUUGGUAAAAUCUGAAAUAAACUGAUGCUGCAGUUU